CUCAGUGUACAGAGAAAAUGCGAACAACAGUACCGAAGUACUCUAUCUGUAGUCAGUAGAAGCUGCCUGUGAUUCGACACGGCCAGGCACGCUCGGCUUCCGGAAACAGCGACCACAUUUUCCUCAAGCUUGAUUUUAUCAUAACUGACGCCACUUCCUCGAAAAACAGCUUUAUUUGCAACAGCGUCCUGGGCCAUCGCUAUUAAACGUCAGCGGUGUCUUGGAAAAAAUUUUCUGUGUGUUGGAACUAAAAUUCCGUCGACAACUUGUCAGCAACCAAGGCGUGCCUUUAUUAAACCGUGAAUUCUUCAGCAGACUGGAUAAUGGAGGCAGAAGAUUGGAAAUGGCAACUGGAAAACUUGCUCUGGGCUUUAUAUGGGGAAAUACUACUGGGAAUCGUGUCGGCCAUCUACUUAGUGGUGCGAUCAUUAUUUUGGUGCUGCCAGCUCAAUCUCUUCGCUGGACUUUCAAAUGCGUACGAGGCGAUUGCUGUAGCAAUUUUACUCUGUACCGGCUGCUAUGGACUGUACGCAAUCUGGCGAGCCUGCCCCGGCCCAGCACGGACUACCAUGUUCCUAUGGACAAUUGUACUGAACAUCAUCGUCCUGACAAUGUUCAGCACCCUGGUGUGGUGGACUAUAUCUUGGGUGAUGUGCAUGUUUUUCCGUGGUGAGGCAAGCUCAGUGGACGCGACCAUAUGGAUGCACGUCAUAAUUCCUCUUGCCCUCGGCACACUGAAUAUGGGGAUCGCGGGCGGUGCUGCAAGGAUCACCGUGGACUGUUAUUCGGCCGCAGUGGAAGAGCAAGUAAUCCUUACCGAGACCAACCGCUUGCGCGCUGCGACUGCUGAGCUAAAACGCGUAACGGAGACGGCGCGGGAGGUGACUGAAAAGAUCCUUCAACGGCAGAUUUUACCCAGUUCCCCACCUGCUUACGACGACAUUAAGGCAGUAGAAAUGUAAUUCCGACCGUCCGAUGCGAAAAUACUGGCUGGGAAGUUGGAAACGAUUUACUCCUUUAUGAUAUAUAAAUCGUGUAAUACAAACCGCUUUCCUUUUGGGGUGUUAUUUUAUUUGUAACCUUUGAUGUGUGUUUAAACACACCCAUAAUUUCAUCUGUUGAACCUUAUCAACCGAUGUUUGGCAAGUCUCUUGCUUUUAUGUGCGUUGGAACUAUUUACGAAAGCUCAGAUUAUUGGGUUAGGUUUUUCAUCUAUUAUUAAAGCGUUCUAGUGUUAUGAUGUACCAUUUUAGAAGCUAAUGCUCCUCGCAUCCCGUA